AUGAAGGUCUCAAUCCACCCGACAAUAGAGGCAGCGAACGCUAUUUUAGACGUAAUGGUGGACUUUCAAGCGUUCGCCCACUUUACACGCAACGACUGCAAUGUAACAAUUCGUAGCUCGCAAUCUAAAUACUUGUCCAAGGCCACUGAAGAUCAUAUUCUUGCGCUGUUUGAGAGCAAUAUGAAAAGUCUGUACCAAGCGUCAGACUGGGGAUAUGAUGCCCAUGCCAAGCGCUUAGAAUUAUUCGAAGCUGACGCGCGAUACCUUUUAGCGUACGAUGCCAACGAGAUUCUUGUAGCUUUUGUACACUAUCGUUUCGUCGAGGAUGAUGGUGCGCUUGUGCUCUAUCUAUAUGAAGUCCAGCUAGCUACCACGAUACAACGCCACGGUCUGGGCAAAUUUCUUAUGCAGCUUUUGCUUCUAAUAGCAAGAAAACACAAGAUGGAGCUUGUCGUUUUGACCGUGUUUAAGAAUAAUGUAGAUGCAAUGAGAUUUUACAAAGAACGAUUAGGAUUUGAGAUCGACGAGACGUCGCCAAGUGCAUGUGGCGAUGAUUCGCAGAGUUACGAGAUAUUGAGUAAAAGUGUCGUUCGAACUAAAUAA